AUGGCGACGCAAUCAACGAGCAUCGUGGCUCCGUUCAAGCCACGCUUCCUGCCGUUGAUGCUUACUGCAACUCUCGCAGCUGGUGUUAUCUCGAGAACCUCAUCGCUCAGUACAGCUGUUGCCCUUGUCUUGUUGUACGCUGUGACCAUCCCCAGUUAUGUGGUGUACUGGUCGUGGAUUUAUCCCUACUAUGUCUCACCACUUCGCCAUGUGCCAACCGUGCCCGGAAAUCCUCUCUAUGGGCAGAUGUUUGACAUCAUCGAGAACGAAGUCGGCGUAUGUCAACGAGAAUGGCAUAAACAGUAUGGGCCAAUCGUUCGCUACUUCUUCCCUCUGGGCACUGAGCGCUUGUCGAUUGCCGAUGACGACGCAUUGAAGCAAAUGACCAUCAAGAAUCCAUACAACUACCCGAAGCCCGUCGGUGCACGCAAAUGGAUGACUCGUAUCUUGGGCGAGGGAAUUCUUCUAGCUGAAGGCAACGCACAUGUCCAUCAGCGUAAGGCUUUGACGCCGGGCUUCUCCAUCGGCUCAAUCCGUACCCUCGCGCCUAUCUUCUGGCGCAAGUCCUUCCUCAUGGCCAGACUCUGGGACGAAGAGAUAAAACGGUCGAAGGACAAGAAGACAGGAACUAUUGAGGUCCUGGAAUGGCUCAACCGGACAACCCUGGACAUCAUCAGCGAAGCUGGCUUUGGUACCGAUAUCAACUCUCUUGAGAACCCUGAAACUCCUCUGCGAGAAGCCUACCGGAAAGUCUUUGUGUUUGAUUCAUUGUCUCGCUUGAUGCAUGGCCUUCAGACCCUCUUUCCUUUUACGAAGUACAUCCCUGCCAAGAUGAACCGGGACAUGGAGGCCUCACGUGGCAUCAUCCUCGGCUCUGCCACGAAGAUUAUCAAGGAGAAGCAAGCAACCGCCAACCCUGCCGACAAGGAUAUUCUCUCUCUUCUGGUCCGCGAUAAUCUCAAGCUGCAGGCCGCUGGUGAAGCUGGACUUAGCUUUGAAACCAUGCGUGACCAGGUCAUGACCUUCCUUGGUGCUGGUCACGACACCACUGCUACUGGCGUAACAUGGACACUUCACCUUAUGUCAAAGCAUCUUGGUAUUCAGUCGAAACUGCGAGAAGAAAUCCGCACACACUUUCCAUUCCUCUUUGACCUUGAGAGACGCGAGAGCUAUGAUAUCUCCACCAUUGACCCCGAUCACCUACCCUACAUGGACAAUGUAUGUCGUGAAUCACUCCGCUACAUUCCUCCCAUCCCAAUGACUGUCCGUGAACUCGUUGACGAUGACAAACUUGGCGAAUACGUUGUUCCCAAGGGCACCACUGUUUUGGUCUAUUCCAACGCCAUCAACCGUCUACCAGAGUAUUGGGGUCCCACCGCAGACGAAUUCGAUCCCGAUCGUUGGGACAGCCUGCCCGAAUCCUACACGACAAAUGCAUUCAUGACAUUCCUUCAGGGUCCACGUGGCUGUAUUGGUCGCAAAUUCGCCGAAACUGAGAUGAAGGUCCUUCUCUGUGUCUUACUUAGUCAAUUCACGUUUGCACGUGAUGAGUCGGUUCAAGAUCCAGAGGAGCUCAAGAUGUGGAGAUUGGUUUUGAGACCAAGAGAUGGUGUACAGUUGAAGGUUACCAAGUUGUAA